AUGGAGGAUUUUCAAAACUGGAUCCAACAGCCCCUGAUUGAAAUGGCUUCAAAGGGAAGUGCCUUCUCUUGGUGUAAUGGUCAGCAUGGUCUUGCUCGCUCUUGGGCACGGCUGGAUCGUGUAUUGAUUGAUGUAUCUUUCCUUUCGGUUUUUCCUAAUGCUAUUUGUUCUUAUUUGUCAAGAUCUACUUCGGAUCAUGCUCCUAUGUGUAUUGAGUUCAAGCAAGAUCUUUUCUCCUAUGGUCCAACCCCUUUUCGGUUCCAACAGAUGUGGGUGGAACAUCAUAAUUUUCUGGAUUGUGUUCGGCAAGCUUGGGCAUCUCGAUCGGGUGGUUUAGCCAUCCAAAAUCUGAUUAUGAAGCUUAAACAGACUAAAGUUGCUUUGCGUGCUUGGAACAAAAUGGAUUUUGGGCAUACGGUGUGUCAUAUUGCUACCCUUGAGGAAAGGAUUGAGGAGCUUGAAUUAAAGCUUCAAUUACACUUGAAAGAAGAUAUUGAUCGAGAGCUUCAGGGGGCUAUAUUGAAUUUAGCAAUUUGGAGGCGUCGGGAAGAAAUUAUAUUGGCUCAAAUGGCCAAGCUAAAAUGGAAAGUGGAUGGGGAUUGGAAUUCCAAAUUUUUUUCACGCUUGUUUAGCUAA